UCCAGGUUUGCAUCUUAUGACCACCUGAUGCGGUUUUGGCAGGUCAUUCAACCAUCACUGAAAUACAUGGUCCGAGCGACCAGCUUAACUGCUGAUGAUGCUGGACGACUGAGUGCUCCCACGGGACGGGCUCUACACCCAAUAGAUGAGAUGUUCCUGUUCCUGAACUACCUGACCUUUGGACUGAAGCAGAGGGACCUGGCUGACCGCUAUCAAAUCCACCAAUCUACUGUGAGCAGAAUAAUUCUCACAUGGAGCAUUUUUUUGCUUUCUGUCCUGGGUGCACAGAGAAUCUGGAUGACACAAGAGAGGAUCCGGGAGUACCUACCUGUAGAGUUCAGAGACUAUGCUGACACCGCUGUGGUUCUGGACUGCACUGAGCUGAGGUGCCAAACCCCUUCUUCUCCCUUGCUACAGAGUGAGGUCUACUCAAACUACAAGUCCCACUGCACCCUGAAAGGAAUGAUUGGUAUAGCACCACAUGGUCCAGUGACCUUUGUUUCUCCCCUCUAUGCUGGUUCGAUCAGCGACAAGCAGCUGUUUGUGGAAUCAGGUCUUUGCAAGCUUCUCCGUCCAGACUCAGCGAUCAUGGUGGACAGAGGCUUCCUGAUGGACAACUGUGUGCCCUGUAAGAUGUACAGACCUGCAUUUCUUUCAGGAAGACAUCAAAUGCCUGAGAGUGAGGUCAGGGAAACGCAGGCAAUCGCACACCUCAGAGUGCAUGUGGAGCGUGUGAUUCGAAGAUUGAAAGAACACAAGUUAUUGGAUUCAGUCAUUCCUUUGAAUAUGUUUGGUAACAUUAAUCAGCUGUACGUUGUUGCAUGUCUCCUGCUGAACUACGAAAAUGGCCCCUUGGUUAAGGCUUGGGCAAAGUAGAACAAUCAAAUCUGAC